AGAAGCACCAGCAGGCGGCUGGCUAAGAGAAGCAGCGGCGAGGGCGGGAAGCCCCGGUGGGUGAAGGCUGCUGGGCGAGAAGCUCCGCGGGGCUGGCAGCGGCAGCAGCCUGGGGGGGGCUUCUCCUGGGCCAGGCCUCAAUGUCACCAUGAUUGGCGAGUGAUCCAGAACCCAAGAUUAACCAGAACGUUUGAAGUGGGGAAAGCAGAAGAUAUCUAAUACACCACUAACUCUGUUGUGUAACCAUGGCAGAGCCUUCAGCAGAGGUACCCUAUUCUGUGGUGACUCAAACAGAAUUGAUUGAGGAACCACAGUGUUACUACAAUGAAACCAUUGCCUUCUUUUAUAAUAGAAGUGGGAAACCUCUAGCCACUGAAUGGAACACUGUGAGCAAGCUUGUGAUGGGACUUGGGAUUACAGUAUGUGUCUUCAUCAUGCUAGCCAACCUCUUAGUUAUGGUGGCUAUCUACGUCAACCGGCGUUUUCACUUUCCUAUUUAUUACCUAAUGGCUAACUUAGCUGCUGCAGACUUCUUUGCAGGACUGGCAUACUUCUACCUAAUGUUUAACACGGGACCCAACACUAGAAGAUUGACUGUCAGCACCUGGCUCCUUCGUCAGGGUCUAAUUGAUACCAGCCUGACAGCCUCUGUUGCCAACUUGUUGGCAAUUGCCAUAGAGAGGCACAUCACAGUAUUCCGCAUGCAGUUGCAUACUCGGAUGAGUAACCGGAGAGUCGUGGUGGUAAUUGUUGUCAUCUGGACUAUGGCCAUCAUCAUGGGAGCUAUACCAAGUGUGGGCUGGAACUGUAUCUGUGAUCUCACUCACUGUUCCAACAUGGCACCACUCUACAGUGACUCUUACUUGGUCUUCUGGGCUAUUUUCAACCUGGUCACCUUUGUAGUCAUGGUGGUCUUAUAUGCUCACAUCUUUGGCUAUGUCCGCCAGAGGACUAUGAGAAUGUCUAGACAUAGUUCAGGACCACGUAGAAAUCGGGACACCAUGAUGAGUCUUCUGAAGACUGUGGUCAUUGUGCUUGGUGCUUUUAUAAUCUGCUGGACUCCGGGCUUAGUUCUGCUUCUUCUUGAUGUUUGCUGCCCACAGUGUAAUGUCCUGGCCUAUGAAAAAUUCUUCUUGUUACUUGCGGAAUUCAACUCUGCCAUGAACCCCAUCAUCUACUCCUACCGGGACAAGGAAAUGAGUGCCACCUUCAAGCAGAUCCUUUGCUGUCAGCGCAGCGAGAAUGCCAACGGCCCAACGGAAGGCUCCGACCGCUCUGCCUCUUCACUCAAUCACACCAUCUUGGCUGGAGUUCACAGUAAUGAUCAUUCUGUGGUUUGAAGAAGAAUUGAAUGAUGGUUGUUGUUUUUUUUAAAAAAAGAAAAUACACACACAAGAAUUUACUGCUGGGCAAACUAUAAUUAGUUAUGAAACUAUUGAUGGGGGGAGGUUUUCGAAACAGAAAAUAACCGACUGACGAACACUUUCUUAAUCACUAAUGGAUGAUAGUACUUAAACCAGUUCCGCCUCUCCACGACUGUCCAGGCUAGAAUCCUCGUUUUGUUUCUUCUUCUGAUGAAAGUAGAGAAUGUGCUGCUCACAUUGGAAAGAUGAAAUACUUCCGGGGGAGCCAUUUUAAAGCUAUCUUAACCAGCCUUUAUCAGAUGGUCCCUUCGUGAUGGUCCUAACUGAAAUCAUCUCCAAUUAAUUAAGCUUCAUAACCGCUUCACUGCCUUUUAAUUUAGAUACUUAGGCUUAUUCCUCAAUUUUUUUUAAACAAUGCAUUUAAUUUAAUAAUUACCUUCAUCAGCAUGCUUUGUGAUGGACAUUUUCCGGACACAGGGGAAAACUGUGUUGAGCCUUCAUUUUUAUUUACCCUGCCAGUAACAAUGAAGAGAAAUUAGUAGUACAGGUGUCAAAAUGUAGGUAAGAAAUGACUGUCCUUGUCUUGGUUUACCAGUGUCUAGAUACAUGCAUGUUGUAUGUAUGCAGAUGUGCUUACCUGUUUCUUUUGGACUCAGCAGGAUUUCAAAGUGCCUAACUUCUGGCUGAUUACCAGGGAAAUCUAUUUUCAAGGCUCUGAAAGAGCAACUUUCAAACUGGUUAUGGUGAAGCACAAUAAUGUGUGUGAUUAGAAAUGUGUUUGUGGUGUUGAGUCGUGCUUGAUUGUGGAAUGCCAAAGGGAUGUUGCUUUUUGAGAAAGUGUGCUUUUUUUAAAAGGAAAAACAAACACACUUUAAAAAUAGAAUCUUGUCCACUAUUUUGCACUGGGUCGGGGGGGGGGGAGAGAUUUUUUUUGCAAAAUGCUUCCCCUUCAUUUCAACACAGUUUAGCUAUUUCCUUGUCCCAAGUACUCUUUUUUUUUGUACAGGCAAUCCCAAGAAAAAUUUCUAGUUAAAAAUGUCAUUCCUACACACUGAAUAUUUAGAAAAAGUGGCUACUGUGAAGUGAAGCCUUUUCUCUUUGUAACUCUAUAAAGACCUCUUUACUAAAGACAGAGGGUAAUUUUUUUUCCAGAUCUUGGGACCAUUUAGUAAGUGUAUAAUGGGCCACAUCAACAGCGAAUUUGCAACCGUCCUAUGCUGGGAAUCUGCCUGCAGUGAAAAGAUACUUGUUUGAAAUUGUCCUGUCACUCUACCACUCAGAUCUGAGACAGUAUCAUGUUUGUGUGGAUAGUAUAUGUAAAUUUCUAAGAACCGUGUAUAGCAGUGCCAAAAAGAUAAAGGGUAUGUAUUAAGGUAGGGUACUUAGUGAUAUGCAAAGUGAUAAAUGAACAGGGUUGCCAACCUGAAGGUGAUACCUGGAGAUUUCCCGCUGUUACAACUGACCUCCAGAUGAGAGAGAUCAGUUCAUCUGGAGAAAAUGGCCGCUUAGGAAGGUGGACUCUAUGGCAUUAUACCCUAUUGAAGUCACUCCCGUUCUCAAACCACAACCUCCUGAGGCUCCGCCCCCAAAAUCCUCAGGUAUUUUCCAACCCAGAGCUGGUAACCCUAUAAAUGAAAGUAAAGAGUAAUGUGGCUGAUCCUAGAAGAACAUAUCCAGGGGACCACCUGCCAGUUAACCCACAGUUGAUGUUUCUGUUCACUUUUCUUGGUAACAAAUGUUGUAAGAUUUCAUUGCUGAACCUGAAAGCAGUGAACCCAUUAUUUUUUAAACUUGUGUAACUUGUCUAAUGAAACUGAAUUCAGGCUUUUAGAACUUUUUAAAAAGUACCCUAUGUGCUAAGCCACUAAUAAAGUUUUCUCAAUGAGUAUUCAA